AUGAGGUCCCUGUUGAAGCUCCUCGUUAUUCUGUUUUGCGUCCAGAGGGGAGAGGGCCACUGGCUGAGAUCGCUGAAUGAUCAGAAACAAGAAACCACAUCUCCACACACGUCACCAAAUGAAGACAAGAGAAAUGGAGAUCCAGCCGCAGAAGACGGCCAAACAGAAGCUCCUGGAGCCGGGCCAUCCCCCGAUCCCAUCAUCCCGAUCCCAGUCCGGUCACGUCGCUCUACCCUGGACUCCCAGUGCGGCCUGCGCUCCAUCCUGCUGCAGGUUCGAAACCUCGGGCUGGGCUACGACUCAGACGAGACCGUCCUCUUCAAGUACUGCAGCGGGACGUGUCCGCACGCUCGAUCCAACCACGACCUCACCCUCACCAACCUGCUGGUAAGCGGGGUGCUCCCUCAGCCGGCCCCCGGGGAGCUGUGGCACAACGCGCCCUGCUGCAGGCCCACCCACCACGAGGACAUGGCCUUCCUGGAUAACUCGCACCGCUGGCACAAGGUGGAGAAGCUGUUGGCCGCGGGGUGCAGCUGUGUUGGCUAG